AUGAAGGCUAAAAGAACAUUAGGCGAUGCUGAUAACCUUACAGAAGAGAGAGUUGAUAAAGUGGUCAAGGAAUUUCUGCAAGACUUCAAUGAGGGUUACCAGGAAGCCAAAGGCUGGCCUUUAGCUUAUGUCAUCUCAAAAGCAGCCUUGAAUGCAUAUACAAUAAUUCUGGUCGAGAGAUUCCCAAAUUUCAAGGUGAAUUGUGUGUGUCCUGGCUUUGUCAAAACAGAUAUAAAUUAUAAUACUGGCACUCUGCCUGUAAAAGAAGGUGCUGAAAGUCCUGUGAAGCUAGCUCUGCUGCCCAGUGAUGGACCUUCUGGCUUGUUCUUUUCCCGUAACCAAGUCACAUCUUUUGAAUGA